AUUUUUUAAUUAUUUAGGAUGCUGAAGUGAAUUUCCUCUGUUUAUUUUAUUCAUUGAAGGCCGGUUGGCCCUCUACAGGCUUCCUUUUAAAAUAAAUUUGUCCUAACUAUAGCAACAAUUGCUCACACAUUUUCUUCUGUGAAUUACCUCAUUAACUCAGCUCCUGAUCGGUAAAAUGGCCGUCUCCGGUGCUUACGUGAAAGUAAACGGAUCCACGCUGCCGUACUUCACUGGCCGUAAGCUUAACUAUGGAAGCAAAAAACAGUGGUGUGUGAAAGCAUGUAAGGGUGGGUCAGAAGCAGAGGAAGGCAAGAAGAUGAUGGUGGUUAAUAAUGAAAAGGAUUGUUUGAAGAUAGAUUUUUCUUCAGGGGAAAAGCCACCCACGCCCUUGUUGGACACCAUUAACUAUCCGAUUCACAUGAAAAACCUCUCCACAAAGGAUCUGGAGCAAUUGGCAGCCGAGCUUAGAGCGGAAAUCGUGCACACUGUGGCAAAAACUGGAGGACACUUGAGCUCAAGCUUAGGAGUGGUUGAGCUUACAGUGGCCCUGCACCAUGUUUUCAAUACCCCUGAUGACAAAAUCAUCUGGGAUGUAGGCCAUCAGAGUUUGCCUGUCCGGUUCGCGAUGGAUCGAUCCGGGUUAGUGGGUGCAGAUGGGCCGACCCAUUGUGGGGCGUUUGAUGUGACGUACAUGGCAUGCUUGCCGAAUAUGGUGGUGAUGGCUCCAGCGGACGAGGCUGAGCUCAUGCACAUGGUGGCCACUGCAGCUGCCAUAGACGACCGUCCGAGUUGCUUCCGGUUCCCGAGGGGCAAUGGUGCGGGGGCCGUCCUUCCGCCUAAUAACAAAGGAGUUGGAAAAGGAAGAGUGUUGUUAGAAGGCAGCAAAGUGGCGAUUCUCGGGUACGGAGCCAUAGUCCAGCAGUGUUUGGGGGCUGCAGAAAUGCUGAAGUCACGUAAUAUAUCGGCCACGGUGGCCGACGCGAGGUUCUGCAAGCCGUUGGAUAGUGAUCUCAUUAGACAACUGGCGAAAGAGCACGAGAUAUUGAUAACUGUAGAGGAAGGCUCGAUUGGAGGGUUUGGGUCCCACGUCUCGCAUUUUCUGUGCCUCAACGGCUUUCUGGACGGACCCCUCAAGUUGAGGUCGAUGGUGCUUCCGGAUAGGUACAUAGAGCACGGGGCACCAAAUGAUCAGAUUGAAGCAGCUGGUUUGUCGGCAAGGCAUAUUUGUGGGACGGUUUUGUCCCUCAUGGGGAAGCCUAUGGAGGCUCUUAAGCUUCAGUGA